CCCCACUUCCGCGGAAACGAACGUUUGACCCGCACUGACGCUGAUCAUGCUUUAGUAGUUCCGAAGAACCAUGGGAACCACAGCGAGCAGUAGUGGCGUUCUGUGCGGGUGUGAGGGUGUAAUGGCAAAAGAAGAAAUUACUCUAUAAUGCUUUGUGGUGAUUUUAACUUCUGGUAAAGUCGCGUUUAUUUAUUUAUUUUUUUUUUUUACAAAACCUGGGAAUAUUUGGUUAUCAAAGUCUCGAGAGAAAGCGUGGGCUGUCUUUUCAAGCAAGAAUGGCCACUGCGAGACUUGAUUACGUUGCUCCGUGGUGGACAUACUGGCUGCACAAUUUCCCCCACUUCAAUUUCUUUUUUCAGUCGGUCGACAACAAUUUCAAGCCGGAGGAGACGAGCUAUCAGCAGUCUCUGAUCCUUCUAGCGUGUGCAGCUGCCGUGGGUCUGGCUCUCAGCCUGCUGGUUGUGGCGGUGUGCCUGGCCUGCGCGUGUUGCUGCCGCAGGGACGUAGACGAAGACACCAAAAGGCCCGCUACCUGCUGUCUCACCUGGUCUGCUGUGGUCACAGGUCUCAUCAUUUGUUCGGCUGUGGGAGUGGGCUUCUAUGGUAACAGUGAGACCAACGACGGGGUGCACCGGCUGACCUACUCGCUCUACAACGCCGAUCACACAUUGGGUGGCAUCAACGACAUGGUUGCAGGAUCUCUCGCUAAUGCUCAAACGGUACUCAAGACGCACCUGGACCGCCUGGACGAAAUAUUUUCCACGAGGAUCGAAUACCUCCAAGCUCUUCGCUUCAUGACGCUGAUGGUCAACAACGUAAUCCGCGAGAUGACUACUCUGCCGGAUAUAAAGAAGGCCAACGUUGACCUGUCGGCCAUUGCUGACCAAACAGCCUUCAUCGAGUAUUACAGAUGGCUGACAUAUCUGCUGCUGCUGAUCCUGGAUCUGGUCAUCUGCUUGGCCAUGUGCUUGGGGAUGGUCAAGCAGUCCCGAUGGCUGCUCAUCACGAUCAUGGCGUUUGCAUUGCUGUCUAUGAUCCUAAGCUGGGCCUCACUAGGAGCGGGAACGGCUACAGCUGUGGGCACCAGUGACUUCUGUGUGUCUCCAGACAAGUUUAUUGUUAACCAAACCAAGGAUUUCCUCAGCGCAGAUGUUGCACACUAUUAUUUGUUCUGCAGCCCGAAUCUACCAAACCCUUUUCAGCAGUCUCUGACAAUCUGUCAGCGUUCUCUGACCACCAUGCAAAUCCAGAUCCAGGGCUUGCUGCAGUUGUCCGUGCCCGUCUUUCCCACUGCUGAGAGAGACCUUUUGGGGAUCCAGCGACUGCUGAACUCUACCGAGUUCAGUCUGCAUCAGCUAACAGCUUUGCUCGACUGCCGCGGGCUGCAUAAGGACUACCUGGACGCCCUAAUGGGUGUGUGCUAUGAUGGGGUGGAAGGGCUCCUCUACCUCUCUCUGUUUUCCCUGCUGGCUGCCUGCGCACUCCCCGCAAUGCUGUGCGCCAUUUUUAGAGUGUGGAGGCUAAUGGACAGCAGAGACAAAGUGUUUGAUGACAUAGACGAGGAGGAUCCAUUCAACCCCGAAGCGAGGCGAAUGUCCUACAACCCCAGACGGUCCAACAUCCACAGUUUCUGUAGUUUUACCAGCAGCCUCGGGAGCCAGGCCAGCCUGCAUCCACCUUCACAAUCCGCCUCUAAUGUCAUGCCACCCCCUGAAUACAUGAAUCAGUCCAUGCUCUUUGGAGGGAGUCCUCGCUAUGAGAACGUGCCGCUGAUAGGGAGAGGAUCCCCACCUCCCUCGUACUCGCCCAGUAUGAGGACCACCUAUCUGUCUAUGACUGACGCGCAGAUCAGACACUUUGGGACUGGCUUCCAGGUGUAGCCUGCUACCUACUGAAUCCUCUUUAGAGAGGCACUUUCUGAGACUCUGGGUUCUUACCGAGGAGGUUGCCUUCAUAGCGUAAUCCCGUUUACAGGAGCCGCAACCCGCUGUCCCAAUCUUAGACAUGAAAGCCGGCAUAUGAGGGUGCUGCGUGAGAAAGAUUCCAAUGAAAUGCUCUGAAAGCCCUGCAUGCGGUUUUGAACUGAGAUUUCCCUAAAAAAGUCAUCUCAAGACUGUUGAUGACGCUAUGAUGUUUGGAAAUAUUGCCCUCCGAUGUGAGCAUAUGUUGUGAGCCAAAUCAAGAACAUCUAAGCUGAAUGUAUCCAACAUUAUUUUGAUAUGAGAUGGGAUGACUGAAUAUGACCCAUGGACCUUUCGUCGUGUCAUUAAGACAUUUACAAAAACACUUAGUCCAUGACAGUAUUUUAAUUCUGUUUUGGCCUUUGUAUAUUCCUUAAUGGUGCUACGGUAUUUGAAAUGAAACACCACUAUUUCAACCUGUCAAAACAAUAAUACCAAAUGAAAACCAUUCCAAAUAUUGUUGUUUUGUUAUGUAGCCAAUGUUGUUAUUUGCUAUCAAUUUAAAUGUUGUCUUUCUAACUGACACUGGUUUAAGCAUCUUAUUGUGCUGUAUCUGAUGUAACACCUGCUGAGCAGCUACGAGUGAAAUGGUCAAGGGUUUAUUAUGAUGUUGCUAUAUUUACGGACCGCAGCAGUUGCUUCCCCUGGAUUCAUUGAGCACAACAUAUUGGGAUUUGAUUGACUUCCAGGCAUGCAACACUUGUUAACACAGCUUGUUAAACACUUACUAAAUUUGUAAGACUAAAAUAUUCGUAGCCUCAAUACCUUGUGAAUGACAAAAUAUCCUCUUCAGUGUACAAUCUCUAUGCCUAUCUCUGUGUUGGGUGAUACAUCCAACUAAACUCAUAUUGAGCAUAAAUGCUGUGUUUUUUUCUAUAGUACCGUGUCUCCACUCCAUAACACAACUUCCAAAUAAUAUUAGCAAAGACUGAAUAAAGGACAACAUCGACUUGACAUCAGGCUAAAUAGCAUUGUCCUCUGGGACCCUACAGCGCCAAACACAUUUUAUAAUUAUAAUCUUUGUACAUUCAAAUAAAAUCCUUUUCACAAAAAUGUUCAUAUUCAUAUUACAUAUUGUAAUACAUAUACACAUAUAUUACAAACACGGAAGGAGGAAAGGAAAGGACCUCAAGAGAAAAUGUAAAAUAAUUGCUGAUAGAUACCGCCACGAUUUUCCCACUUGAUUUGCUACAUGCAUAUAAUUAUACCUUGUAUUAUCAGUUUGUGAAAUGUUAUGUUUGAAUAUGCUAAUGAGGCAUUUACUCAUCAAAUGUGUUUUGUUUGCAUACAUCAUUCCCAGAGGAGAAAUCUGUUCAUUGGAUGCAGCCAGGUUACAAAUAAGUGUUUCAUUUUGUUGACAUAAACGUUGAACGUUUUUACAGAGAGAAUUUUGAAGUUAAAUUGUAACAGAAAAAAAAAUGCAAAGGUCCACCAUGGUUUGUAUGACCUUGUUGUAUAGAACAGACUAUGAAUGGUAAAUGAACAAAACCGUCCCUGUAAAAAUAUCCAGUACAUCGAUGGGAAAGAAACUGGACGAUUUGUUGUAUGGAAUCGCUUCUGGGGCCGAGAUAUACGGCAAAUUUAUUGUGGAUUUAAAUUACAAAGAGUAAAGUAUUGUAAAAUAAACAACAAAAUGUGCACGUUU